AUGUCCUGGUUCACUUCCAAGUUCACUCGUCGCGCACCUACACCAGCCCAAGGUCUGUAUGCCCCUCCUCCCGGUCCUCCGCCCCAUUGGCAACCAGCACCCGAACGAUCACAUACAUUCGGAUUGCUUAACGAGGCAACGAAGGAUGAAUACGAGGCAGCCUUGGACUUUUGCGCCCGCAACGCUCCCGAGCCACCUCGUCUGCUGCCCUCUCACAUUGUCGACCGUAUCGACGCCGAAGGGUGCCGCACAUGGACUCUCCAGUGGCCGCGCUCACCACGCUUUGUUGGGAACACGCAGAACAGCAGCGAAAAGGGUGGCUCAAGUGUUGUCAAGGUCGUUACCGAGAAGUCAUGCAUGGACGUGUGUCUCCUGAGCGAUCUGCCUCUUCUGGCCGGGCUCUACGACAUCCAGGGCAAGUCAGGAGUAUACUACGAAAUUCUCAUCCAUAAGAUGGACGGGAUCAUCGCCGUCGGUACGACGUGCCGCCCUCAUCCAGAGUGGCGCCUGCCCGGCUGGGACAGACUCAAUGUAGGCCUGCACCUCGACGACUUCCGCAAAUUCUUUGAGGACCCCUACGGUGUGCGCGACUACACAGAUCGUCUCAAGCACAUCACCCCGGGCGACACAAUCGGAUGCGGCUACCAAUUCUCCAAUAGUGGUGUAUUCUUCACGCACAACGGCGUGCGCCUCCGGGACGCGUUCACAGGCGUGUAUCUGCCCCGCGCGCAGCACGACGUGUAUGCCGCCAUCGGCGUCGAGGGUGCAAACAACUUUGACGUCAACUUUGGAGGUGAUUUGUUCCGCUGGAAGGAAGGCAAUGAGUGGGCGUGGAGAGUCGAAGGCCACGUCGGACACUUGAGCAGUGGUGACUUUGUUGAUCACGAUGACCAGUUGCCAUCUUAUGAAGAGGUCCGCGGUGGCCCGGCAAACAACCUUGAUCCUUGA